AUGCGAAAGACAAAGAAAAUGGCAUCUAAUCUCGAAAAUACGCUACGUAGAAUCAAGGACUGUACGCAGGACUUCGGUAAAAAUAUUUACGAUCAUUUAAGUGUUGGAAUAAAAAACCUGGCCAAUAAAGACGCCGUAACCGAAGACGAUAUACGUCAGUACGAAGAAUUAGUUAUAAUGAAAAAACAUCCAUAUUUAGAUUUGAGAGCAUUACAAAUGAAAUACAGUCCGCUGUCUUCUAAAAAUAUUAGACAAAGUGCUACAAUUCCUAUGGAUCGUGAUUUACAGAAUCAACCCGGCAUUCACUGUGACACUGUCGAAGAUUUACUAAAUGUCGAAAUAAUUAACAGAGGAUUGUCUGGGGUUUCCAUACCUCCACAACUCGUAAAGCAUACUAAUUCUGAUGAUAUCCCGUUAAUAAAUAACAACGUUGUAAGAAAAACAAAUAAAGCUGAUGACGAUAAUACACUGCCAAUAACUCAUCCAGAUCAAAGUAUUUUAAAAAGUCUGAAAGAGGAGAUAAACGCUUACAUGGAUAGAAAAAGCUUGCAUUACGCUUAAAAUUAUCGUCUACCAUAACCUAUGGUACCUACCUCCUUAAUUAAAUAAAAUAUUACUUGAUUAUUGUUGCGAUUAAAGGUUUUUUUAGUUACAAAAGUGAUAAAAGAAUGUAACCCUUACA